CAGAGUGAGACACAGCUCUGUGUCUCGCCGCUCCCUUCCCCGGAAGGAAAGAGCCACCGUGCGGAUGAGUGUGGCGCUCCGAUUGCCAUGUGACGGAGGGCAGCGCCGAGACGACCCAGCGUGAGGGCCCUGAUCGCUGUCGGGCAGCCCCUCCCAUUGGAGGAGGGCGAGGGGGAGUCGGGACACGGGUUCUAGUCCUGGGUCUGGGAUGGGGGGGGGAGGGGAUCCAGUGGCUUAAAGCUUGUUCCCCCCGCUGAUGCCUUGGCUUUGUUCCAUUUCCAGAUCCCCCUCCGGGUGCUGCCACCAGAGGAGUUGCCAUGUCCGUGGCGGUGAAUCUGACCGGUCCGGCCCCCUGGGGCUUCCGGAUCACGGGAGGAAGGGACUUCAGGAAGCCCAUCAUUGUGUCCAAGGUGAUAGAGCACGGCAAGGCAGCGGCCGGCGACCUGCGACUGGGUGACGUCAUCACGUCCAUCAAUGGCGAGAGCACGGCCGGCAUGCUCAACGUGGAGGCGCAGAACAAGAUCAAGCAGAGCUCCGGCCAGCUCCAGCUGCAGGUGGCCAGCUGCCACCCGAGCAGCUCCCCGGUGACGGUCCUGCCUCUGAUCAACCGCACACCAUCGCCCCACGGCUCCUGGGAGAUGGGGAGGGCCCCAGGCAGGGCCUCGCCCUCGUACAGCCCCCGCAGCAGCCUGGACUCGGAGUCAGCCAUGCGGCGCCUGGAGGAGGACUCCGAGGUCUACAAGAUGAUGCAGGAGAACCGGGAGGUGCGGGCUGCGCCACGGCAGUCCAGCACCUUCCGCAUGCUCCAGGUGGCUCUGGAGAGUGACGGGAGAGAUGGCACCACAGCCCCCUUCCCCAGCCAGCUGUCCCCCAGCGCCCACAAGCCGGUCGCCAGCUCCGUGGCCCAGAAGCUGCACGUGUGUGAGAAGUGCGACACCAGCAUCAGGGCCCGCCCCCGCCACUCCUCCUGCUACGUCUGCACCGACUGCGGCCUCAACCUCAGGCUGGGGGGCCACUUCUGGGUGGGCGAGGAGCUGUUCUGCGAGAAGCACGCCCGCCAGCGCUACCAGGGCCUGGGGAAGGGCGCCGCGGCCACGGCCGUCGCCUCCGAGUCCUGAGCCGCCCCCGGAGGGCAAGGGACUGGAGCACCCUGGCAUCGCCACAUCCCACAAACGCCACGUCCCACGCUGGAAAUCACACUGCUGCCUCCUGCGCUCGGCCUCCCUCGGUCGGCUGCCAGGCCCUUCCUCCUGCUCCUCCCCAGCCCGUCGCCUUCGCUGCCGCUGCCGCAGCCGCCGACGGAGAGAGGCCGAAGAGGGAGCCUACUAGGUAGAGAGUAGCGGCUGGCCUCUAGGUCGUCAGUUCUAAUCCAGCUCCUUCUGCUCAGCCAGGCCCUGCUGCAGAAAUGAGCUUGGUUGGUUCUGAGCCUGUUCCUUCCAAAGGCCAGUGGCCGCCAGGCACUGUCGCAAACCGGCCCCACAAGGACCGAACGGAGCCUGGUCUGCGGGAGACGCGUGGCCCUGUCGUCUUCCUGCGCGGUGGGGGGCGGGUUUGGACUCUGGGGCUGCCGGCUCCGUCCUCGCCAGGCCCCCUCUAGGAGAAAGAGACCCACUGUCGCCUCUUUCUCACGGCCGCUGCGGGGAGGGAGGAGGGUGGUGCUCGCUCACAUAGGUACCGGGGGCAUUGCGGGGAGAGGGGGGAUGGGA